AUGGCUACUGUGCAAGUUGGUGAAUAUGAGAUGAUCUUUGACCAUGGUGGAUCCGGCAGUGAGGAAAUGGGAGGAGACGCCAGCUCGAGGUUGGAUGCAAACAAUCUUACAGAGCUAACACCGAUUGUUGCCUCGGACGUGGUUGCAUCAAAAGAACCGAUGGUUAGACCUGAAGUCUUGUCGUCAAAGCAGAAGCUAUCCACCAUAUCUUCCGCCCUCACAUCGUCAUACCAGACUCCCGUAUCCGAGCAGGAUCUCGAAAUGGACCGCGGCCGAUUGCGUAGCAGGCCUCCGACUAAUUCGACGUACUCGGCUGAGGUGACGGAAGCCCUAGCUCGCAUGGAUCAAGAAGUCGGUCCUCCGCGCAAGCGUGGUCGCCCCAAGGGUUGGAAGCCAGGCAUGUCUUAUGCAGAGAUGAGAGGAAAUCCUCCCCCUCCCCCGAGGAAGUCCAAGAAACCUCUCGCAAAGUCAGGCAGUGGCACUCCGGUCAAUGGAGAGACCAAGAAACGAGGCCGCCCUCACAAGGAUCUGACAUUCUCGAUGAGAGAGACGUAUCUCAAAUCUACACCUAGAUACAUACCGUUUGGGUGUGUCUGGCAUGACGAAGUCACGAGCGACAUCUGUCCUGCCGAACUCCAAAACAUGGAGACACUCCGAAGACACAUCUACUUCGUUCACGGCGACAUGGAUCCACUCAUCUGUCGAUGGGGCAAAUGCGCAAAACAGGAGCCGCCCACCGAAUAUGUGGACGAAGACGCCUUCAGACUGCAUAUGGAAGAGGCACAUCUCGAGUCCUACAUGUGGCACAUGGGCGACGGCAUUCAGAACAACGGCAUAUGGACGCUCAAGCAGGAUCCUAACAAGUUGCCCGACUACCUGUUUGACAAAGACGGAAACCAGGUCACACCGUCCAUCCACGAUCAGCAGCUCGAGGAUCAUGCCGGGAUGCUCGAGAGGAAGCGGAAGCUGAGAGAAAUCAGACGGCUCGCAGAAGAGAACGCGCCCACGGAGAAGGAAUACCUCAAGCAGAUCCUAGGCCAUAGCAAGGGCCUUCCCUGA